CUCAAGCUUGGUUUCGACCGUCAAAGAACGUCCAACCAACCCUUGGCUCCACCCAUUUGGACCCUUUGUUUACUUCCCCCUGAAUCGCCGUUGAAGCCAUCACCAAGUCGAUCACAACAUCAUCAUGCCACCAACACUCAUCCUAGUCCGCCACGCUCAGGCCCUCCACAACGUCGACAGAGACUAUUCCAUCCACGAUCCCUGUCUCUCGGAGCUCGGCAGGACGCAAUGCAGCUCCCUCCGUGACCACUUUUUCAAGACUGAGGUGCCCAAUAAGUACCAAAUCAGCCUCAUCAUUGUUUCCCCCAUGCGCCGCACCCUCGAAACGGCCCUUCUUUCCUUCGGCAACUACGCCAAGGAGCACAACAUCCCCAUCAUCGCCAACGCUGGCUGGCAAGAGAACAGCGACAAGCCCUGCGACACUGGUUCAUCCAUCGAGGAGCUCUCCAAGGACUUUCCACAGGUAGACUUUACAAGAGUCGACCAAGUCUGGCCGAACAAGAGCCGUGAUUCGGAAGAGGCCAAAAAGUACUGGUACACCAAGGAGUCAAUCAUGCAAAGAGGAGAGGACGUGUUGAAGGAGAUCGAGGCCAAGGUGUGGCCCGAGAUGGAGGACGGCAAAGCGGUUGUCGCUGUCAGUCAUUCGGGGUUCCUCAGGGCGGGAGUGACGGGGUGGUGGUUCAACAAUGGCGAUUACCGCAUCUUUGAGUUUGAGGAGAGGGAGGUCAAGGAGGGCAGGCCGACGUUGAAGCAGAUCACGGGCGUGAAAGGCGGUAUGGGGGAGAGUUUCGAGACACCGGCAGGUCUUGGCGGGGAUUUGCCCGAGGCUGCGGUUGGAGGGUUGAGUGUUGGGUUGCCGUAAAGGUGGAAGGGACGAUGGAAGAAUGUUCAUUCCGUUGCAGUGAACUUUGAUUGAUUGCGGGCAACUUGAAUGCAGGUGCACACCAUGGGAUGCCAUAGUUCCUGCCGCCAGUGUGAGCAGCACCCACAACCAGAUAUGGCUGCAGUGGGCUUC